UUGCAUCCAUCGUUAUUAUCGCAUCGGUCACUGCUUGCCUCAUCCGUUCCUGCCAGUGUGGCCUAGGUCUCUUGGCGGAGAUGCUAGCGUGGACAACAGCUUCAUUUGCUGGUUCGCGCUUGGGCGGAUUGCUUGUCUCCACCACAGCUGAUGGAAAGCAGAACAGCUGGAUUAUAUCCGAGCAUCUCUAAUUGGCUGCAGAGCCCCGUUAGUGAGAGACUAUCGACUCUGCAAAUAGGCCGUGCAGGAAGAGAACAAUAGCUUCGUACACGGAUCCAACUGACGGUUCCCACGGUAAUUAGCCCACGGUUCAACUGCAUGAUGGCUCCAACAGAUAUAUAUUCCUGUGCUGCUCUUGGUGGAGACAGAGAUGCGCGCUCUAUCGUGAACCUCUUCCCCCCCACAGUGUCCUGAAAAGCUGUAUCCAAUAUGAAGGCUUUCUCGCCCCUUCUCCUUGCUGCCCUGGCCGCCCCUCUUGGGGUCGUUGCCGAUUGCACGCACAAUAACUGCCUUCGAGCUGUCAUCGGGCAAUCCUUUCCUGACAGGAAUGGCACAGCCGAUUGCCAGUCGAUCUUGCGGAAGGUGCGGGUUACCGUAACUCCGGCGACAAGCACCUUCACCGCAACGGUGACAGUGCCGACCGAAGUCGUGGUCUCGGCAACCGAAGUGGAGGUGUCUACUCAAGUCGACAUCGUCGUAGUCGCGACGCAGACGAACGUGGAGGAGCAGACCGAGACUGUCUCGGAAACAUUGACCGUGGUAGACACCAUCUUAACUACCCAGACUGUCCCGCCUGCUCAGACUGUCCCGCCUGCUCAGACUGUCCCGCCUGCUCAGACUGUCCCGCCUGCUCAGACUGUCCCGCCUGCUCAGACCCUCACCUUCAAGCGCGGGGUUCUUGGCAAGCGGUGCGAACAGCGGCCGUUCCCAACCUACGCUUCCGCAUGUUCGUCGUUCAAGACAUGGGCCUCUGCAUGCUCGUGCAUCGGCGUCUUCCCCAGCACCACCACCGUGGCUGCCCCCUCGACGACCAUCACGGUGACUGAGGUAACCACUGUUCUCAACACCGUGGUCACUACCACGUCCACCACCGAGACGAUCCUGUCGUCGGUCACCGACACCACUCUCACCACGAGCGUGACCACCUUGACUACGACAGACGCCACCACGACCGUCCUGACGACCGCCAUCACCACCGUGACCGCCACGCCGGACCCCAACAUCGUCAAGAACGGCGGCUUCGAGACGGGCAGUCUGCAGAGCUGGAAGCUCUCCGCCGGGUCCAUCGGCGCAUCGGCCGUCAAGCCCGGAAGCAGCUCGGUCUACAGCCUCAAGACGGGCAACCUGUACGACAACAACCUGUUCGAGCUGUCCCAGACGCUCACCGGGGUGGCGGGCUCGACGUACGCGUGCUCGUACAGCUGGAAGUACACAAACUACUACGAGACGAAGUACAGCGACGACGUCACGUACGUGCCGUACGUGCACGUCUACAUCAACAACGACAUCGUGUCCAACCGCAGACCCGACGCCGGCUCCGUCAACCAGUGGCAGACGGCCUACUUCGACUUCACGUCCAGCGGCCAGGACACGCUCUGGUUCGACUGCGCCAGCCCCCAGCCCAGGUUUGGCAGCAAGGGCGGGAACAAUUACCUGUCGCUCGACGAUGUUUCCUGCGUGCCGAUUGUGUGAUGCGCUUGAUCGGGAGGCGGUUUAUUACUUCUGGACAAGGGGGUUUGCAUUGGGCGGGCGGGUUUGCGUGUAGGUAACAAUUGGGUAAUAAUGGAGGGGAUGGUUUGGUGGGUUGGUGGGUUGGCUUCAGCAUGUACUAGCUAGAUAAUCUUCUUAUAUAUAAAUACUGUCCAGAUAGACGCAUCUGAGCCCAUCACAAGGGUCGUACUUCCGUCUAUCCAGUUGUUGGCGA